AUGGUAAUCCCCAUGCAGCUGACAAGUGACCGAGGUGGCCAUUUUGUCAACCAUGUUAUUAAGUUUCUCAUGACAAAAUUUAAGAUCUUCCAUUCUCUGUCGAGUCCUUACUACCCUCGAGCCAACGGGCAGGUGGAGGCCACGAACAAGAUCCUUGUAGGAGUCAUGUAUAAGUCAUGCAGGGUUGAAGGGGAAGAUUGGGAAGAGAAGUUACCCUCUGUGUUGUGGGCUUACCGCACAACGUACAAAGUGACUACGGGACAAACGCCCUUCCAACUUAUGUAUGGGCAGGAAGCACUGGUGCCCACCGAAUUCAUGGUACCGAGUCUUCAUACUGCAAUAGAAAAUAAACUUGGCGAUAUGGAGAGCCCGAGGGAGCAACUUUAUGCUUUGAAUAAACUUGAUGAGAAGCGGAUGAUGGCUCAGUGGGCAACUGAGACAAUGCAACAGAGGAGGAAGUUGUGGCACGAUAAACAUCUAAAGCGAAUGAAGUUCACUCCAGGACAACUUGUGUUGAAAUGUAAUGGGUGA